UUUAUCCCAUUGUGAACGCAAGAGCAGCUACAAAGAGAAAGGCGACAGGAUGUUCUCCAAACUGCUGAAAUUUCAGCCCAGCUUAACAACUGGAAAACGCCUGUACCAUAAAAUUUCUCGCGAAGCUUUCGAGGCGCCGGAUUUGAAAGAGACGGUGACGAGCAGUUUUGGCUCAUUUAUCUCGGGUGUUGAAGUUGAUCAUCUCUCGGAGACGGUUUUACAGAGGAGCAAACGCAUGAUCCUGGACAACAUUGGAGUCGGACUCCUGGGCAGCACCAGCCCGGUGUUUGAUAUUUGUCUUAAUUACUGCCAGCAAAUGUACGCUCAAGACCCAGUCAGCUCAGUGUACGGACGCAAAGGAUUAAGACUUUCGCCGACUCUGGCCGCUUUCGCCAAUGGAGUCGCGGCACAUUCAAUGGAUUUUGAUGAUACCUGGCACCCUGCCACCCACCCGUCUGGAGCUGUACUUCCCGCCCUCCUGGCUGCUGCCCAAAUGUUACCUACAAACUCCAAACCCACUGGACUCGACUUCCUCUUGGCUUUUAAUGUGGGCAUUGAAGUUCAGGGCAGGUUAAUGCACUUCUCGCAAGAGGCGAACAACAUCCCCAAGAGAUUUCACCCUCCCAGUGUGGUUGGGACAAUGGGCAGUGCUGCAGCGAUAGCCAAAUUCCUUUCACUUAAUGCCAAUCAAUGUGUUAAUGCCCUGGCUAUUGCAGCUUCACUCUCAGGGGCACCAAUGGCCAAUGCAGCCACUCAGGCAAAACCCAUCCAUAUUGGCAAUGCCACACGGCUGGGCUUUGAGGCAGCUCUUCUUGCUUCUAAAGGAAUGGAAGGAAAUGUGAAAAUUCUCGACAAGACACUUGGCUGCUUUGGAUUUUCCGCUUUUUAUGGUGACUACGAACCUCAGAAGAUUGCUCCACUUGAACAGACACGAUUUCUGCUUGAGGACCAAGAUAUUGCAUUUAAGCGCUUCCCUGCUCAUCUGGGUAUGCACUGGAUAGUAGAUGCUGCUGUCUCAGUUAGGCAGUUGGCAACUGCUAAUGAUGGUGCCUUUUCACCCUCUAUGAUUGACAGAAUAAUUCUGCGUAUCCCUGUUUCCCGUUACAUCAACAGACCAUUCCCAGAAACAGAACAUGAGGCCCGCCAUUCCUUCCAGUUUAAUGCCUGCUCUGCAUUGUUGGAUGGUGAAGUGAACAUUGAAUCAUUCAGUGAAAAUAAACUCCAACGAGAUAGUCUCAAUGAGUUACUUAACAAAGUGGAGCUUCAACAUCCUGAAGAUAAUGUGGCCAGUUUUGAGAAGAUGUACGGAGAAGUAGUUCUCCUCCUGAGGAAUAGAGAUGUGCUCAGGGGAAGAUGUGACACCUUCUAUGGACACUGGAGAAACCCACUGUCUAAAGAAGCACUACUCGACAAAUUCAAAAGUAAUGCUUCCUAUGUAUUGCAGCAAAACAAGAUCGAAGCUAUUAUCAACACAGUUGAGAACCUUGAAGAAGUGAGGGAUAGUUCCACGUUAACCUCUUAUUUGCAGUGAAAAGUAUCAAAUUUCUUGCACUCGUGUUUAAAUGUGAUUUAACAGGUUGAUCAUGUGUUUUCAUGUUUUAUAGGUGGUAUGUAAUCUGUGCAAUAGGAUUUAAUCUUCUGAAACCAUUGAGAAUGACAUUGUUGGCAUUAUAAUCUAUUGCUGCAAAAAGGGCAAAACUUUGUUCAACAGAUUGGUCAGCUGUAUGAUAUUCUGGGAAUAGGGGAAUAAGAUAAUUUUAAUGUUUUGUACAUUUAGGUCAACAACACAUGAUUAUUGAAAUGCAUACGAGGCAGAUUCCGAUGAGGUAUCAGAGAAGUAGAGUGGUACUCUGUGGUACUCUGCAGGUUGGUAAAGAAAUUAUCACUGCAGGUAGCAAACAGGCUGUAGUCAUGAGGCAGUUUGCUUUCAGAGAGAUAUUAUGCCUUUCUCUUUUGGAGCUUUUCAUUGACUCAUGAUGAUGUGUAGGAAUGCAUUUAAAUUCCCCAAAGUCAGCAGUAACUAAGGAGAAAGGUUAUUAUCUUUGUUAGCGAAGACCAUUUCUUUUGUGCACAGAGUCAUUUUUUGCACGUUCAAAUGUGGCUGUGGAUUGCAAACACGCAUGGCUUAUCGCAAUGUGGGAAAGAUUGAAUUGUCCGAUCUUGUUGGGACUGUCCAAUCUUUUCCAAUUUACCUCUUUUCCUUAUUUUCUUCAAUUCUUUGCUGUUUGAAGGAAACAAAAAUCAUUACUUGAGACUGCUGUCCAGGUAAUACCUUCUUUUGUAUUUUCUCUCAGCGAGUGCUGCAUUUUCUGACAAGGUAGGUAAUGGCCUCAAAAAUGGGGCCAGGAGAGUUACUACCUGUGAAACACGAAUGAUUAGUCCAUUGAAACUGCCAUUGAAGCCUAUCAUCAGAUGUUUUCUUUUGUUAAGCAUUUCAAGGUUCUGUGAUCCCUGUAGGACCUCGAUUGCUUUUUAUGAAGGAACAGUGCACUCGCUGAAAGUUCCAUGAGUGAAGCAGUUGAAGCAAAAAUGAUUUCAAUGAAUCUGGCCUGCUGCUACCUUUGGAACCAUGCCCAUGGACAAAUCUACACUUUGUUUGCUGCCAGCUGCCCUAGCCCAAAACUAGUUCACCUGCAUCAUCACCCAUUUGAUGCCCCUUAGCUCCCAGAUUUGAUGUAAAUGAGAUGGAGCCUCAAAAGAAUGACCACCAUUUUUGCAACUCUAAUAGGUAACUGGUCAGCAAGCUCCACCAAUUGGCCACCCAAAAAUCAGAAUUGAUUGCCAUAUCUAUGCUGAAUAGCCAUGGUUCUUGUUUGGCUUUUAGAUGUUUGAAUAUUUAGAAUUCCCAGGGUAGCCUUGGAACACUUCCAAAUGAAGCCCCUGAACUAAUAGUGAACCUAGGUACUGGGAAAGUGCAAGCUUUCACUGUAUUUAAUUGCAGUUUACAAAAGCAGCGAUAUUGCGUUCCACUGAAAGCACAGGCAAUUUUCUCAAGCUUUUCCAUCUCUCAGCCCAGGAGUUUCAACUCCCUGGUCUUUCUCACUUGUUUUCAUGAAUUCUGAUGCUUGCACAUGCAUGUAAAAAUGAUAAUUGACAAGUUUAUUUAAUAGACAGGAAUAUAGAAAUGUUUCAGAACAUUUUGUUUUAGGUUACAUGAUACCCUCAUAAUUGUGUAAAAAAAAAGAACCUAACAGAUUGCCUUGCAUCAUAUGUAUGACUAGGACCUAUAAAGUAAUUGGGCAUUUGUAAUAGUUGUUACCUCAUGAACUGUGAUUCUGCUGGAACUCAGGGUACAUUCACAGUCCAAGUUUAGUUUUGGAGCAUAGACAUUAAAGAUUCAGGUUGAUAUUAAAUUUCUGCAAAAUUGGGUGUUAAGGCCUAGAUGGAUGCCAAACAGAAGAGGAGCAACGUAUCUUUCUGCAGCAAGUUUUAUUCCACUAUAUUGCUGGUGUUCAACCAAGCCCUGGCUCUAGAUUAAGUUUGCAUUCACCCUAUAACUGCAGUGUGGGUGAAAGAAAAACUGAUUUAAACUGAUCCUACAGUUAUAUUGUAGAUGCAUAAGUUCUAUUCUAAAGGUAUCACAUAUCCUGUACAUUUUUAUGUAAUUCAGUACGUCAUAAUUAUUAUUUUGUUUAAGUAAUAACGGAUUAUAUGUUAAAUGUUUGUUAAUUUUAAUAACCUUGCAAUAAAAAAUGUAAUUUAAAAAUUAA